AUGGCCGGCUCCGGCCCGAAAAGGCCAUUUUCAACACCGAAGCGGACAGCAGCCCCCGCAAAUAAAAGAACGUCUUCCGUCAAAAAGAACACGAGCAUUCUCAGCUUUUUCAAAAAGAACGACGGCCCUCAGUCUACGCAGGCUCGAAUAACGCAAUUCGGCGUCAAGGUCCCGAGAGCGGAGGAUAAAGGAGAUGAAGGCAAUAAACCGGAGGAUACUCCCUUUGAAGCGUUGUUUGUGGAGGACAGACGCCGUCCGCCAAAGAACCUAGUGGAUAUUAGAGAUAAUGGACAAUCGAAGGCGAGACAGAUUGACCCGGUCAAGCCAAACUCCUCGAUGGAUGGCCUCUUUGACGGCUCGGAUAAUGUAAAGGAGAAUGAUGAUGUGAGAUUCAACGAAAAUGGGGGAUCUUUGAAACGCCGCAAAGUCGAUAGCCCACCCGUCAUAAAACAAAAAGAGCAGAAAGGGCCAUUUAUCGAUGAAUCGGAUAGCGAAGAAGAGGACGAAUAUUCCAAUGUUCCGCUGUUUACAAAUCCGCCCUCACAACCUACUCCCAGCGAGCGCCCGCCAUUGGUAAGAGAAGCCACUAGCAACUUUGAGACAGGUGCAGUGGCCGAUGACUUUGAAGACAUAGAAGACGAUGAGUUUGAAGGCGAAGAAUUUAUGGAACGGCCAUGGGUGGAUGGAGAAUUGGAGGAAGAUGUGAUAGACGACACCAGUGAGCCGCUUGGCGAUGGCUCCGCGUGUCCUAUUUGCCAGAGCAGUAUUGCGGGACUAUCGGAUUCGGAAGCAUCUGUCCAUGUGAACGCAUGUUUGGAUGGAAACCCUCAGUCAGAGCCGGAAAGGAAUGCAGCAGUACCAAGUGGCCUCACUCGACAGGAGAAAGCGGCAAUUCCAAAAGCCGGGCAGCGUAACCCUUUUGCUGCUGCCGCAACAGGCGUUGCAUCCGCUUUUACAAAACUUAUGGCAGGAAAUGCGGAGGAUUCGGCUUGGGCUACUGCCGCAGCAAAUCAAGUAUCUUCCAAGGGCAAGCAAGCAUAUGAGCGAACGUGUCCGUUUUAUAAGAUCCUCCCCGGGUUUUCUAUUACGGUAGAUGCCUUUCGGUACGGGGCUGUGGAAGGGUGUGAGGCCUACUUCUUGAGCCAUUUUCACAGCGAUCACUACGUGGGGCUCACCAGUUCAUGGCGUCAUGGGCGGAUUUAUUGCAGCAAAGUGACAGGUAACCUUGUACGACAGCAAAUCAAGGUCAACCCGAAAUAUAUAGUUGACCUUGAAUUCGAGGAAAAGACAGAAGUGCCUGGGACGAAGGGGGUUUAUGUUACGAUGAUAGCGGCGAAUCACUGUCCGGGGAGCUCUCUCUUCUUGUUCGAAAAGAUCCUCGAGAGCGGCCGAGUUCAACGGGUCCUGCACUGCGGUGACUUUCGUGCAUGUCCAGCUCAUGUUCAGCAUCCAUUAUUGCGGCCCGAUGUUGUAGAUCAGGUUUCUGGCAAAUCGCGGCAGCAACGAAUCGAUGUGUGCUAUCUAGACACGACGUAUUUAAAUCCGAAAUACGCAUUUCCAAACCAAGAAGCGGUCAUUUCGGCUUGCGCGGCAAUGUGUGUCCAGCUAAACGAGAAGCAUGGCAGUGAGAACGAAGCCCUCGAGGCUCACAAAUUCGCGGACGGUACAAAGGUGAUUAGCAAAUUCUUCGCCAAAAGCGACGGUGAUUCCGACCAGCCAAGGGAAGUUGAGUCGACAGCUCGCGGGCGGCUUCUGGUGGUUAUCGGGACAUAUAGCAUCGGCAAAGAGCGCAUAUGUAUAGGUAUCGCGCGGGCUCUGAAAUGCAAGAUAUACGCACCGGCGCAAAAGCAACGCGUGUGUGCUUGUCUGGAGGACGCUGAGCUAUCGUCGCUGCUCACAGACAACCCGCUAGAAGCCCAGAUACACAUGCAGAUUUUGUUCGAAAUCCGCACCGAGACGCUGGCAGAUUAUCUGCAGUCUUUCAAGGGCCACUUUUCUCGCGUGGUCGGAUUCCGUCCCACGGGCUGGAACUAUCGAGCGCCAGGUGGCCGUCUUCUGGACAACCCUCCCGUGGCGAACGUCCUCCAUUCCAGCAACUGGAAGACGUCUUUCGGUGUCAAGGAUAUGGUGCCACAACGCGGCAGCACAAAGCAAGCAUCUUGUUUCGGGGUACCGUACAGCGAGCACAGCUCAUUCCGCGAGCUGACCAUGUUCUGCUGCGCACUGCGUAUUGGCCGGGUCAUUCCUACGGUCAAUGUGGGCAGUGCAAAGUCGCGCGAGAAGAUGAAGGCGUGGUUCGAGCGGUGGGAGGCAGAGAAGAGAAACGCCGCCGAUCACGCGGAGGCGGGCACGGAAAGCGGGGAACUGCCAGUGGCCGCUCACCGCCCUCGCAAAACGGGCCCGGCUUCGAAAUCGGCAAGUCGCGCGCUGCACACGAGGCAAGACCAAGUCCCGACCGCGUGGCCCGGCUUGCGGGUAUCAACAUUGCUUUGCCGAGAGCGCCUGCACUAUUUAACAACACUCGACCGGUCCUGGAGAGACGAUCUCUUCUUCGUUGUUCAAUCGCUUCUAUCUCCAUUCAAUCUCUUCUAUCUACAGCUCUGCCUAUGCCAAGCACUUCACCUGUCAGUCGUGCUUGACAGCCAACUAGAUCUUUCUUCCCCGCAUUCCUGCAGCCCGCCAAUCGCCAUGUCGAAUUCCUCGUUUGUAUCCUACCUGCUCAGUCCGUACGCAAUCCCGGUCGUCCUGGCUGUGUUUUUUGUGCUACCAUAUCUGUCAAAAUCGCAUCUGCGUGGCAUCCCUGCUCCCUUCCCUGCAGCCUUCACCAAUCUCUGGCUGUUCUUCCAGGCCCGUCGCGGCCGUCGCUUUAUCGCCGUCAACGACGCUCACAAGAAAUACGGCAAGCUUGUGCGUAUCCAGCCGGGCCAUGUCAGUGUAGCAGACGACGCGGCCAUUCAGUCGAUCUAUGGCCAUGGAAACGGCUUCCUGAAAACUGAUUACUAUGAUGCUUUUGUCUCCAUUCGCCGCGGCCUGUUCAAUACCAGAGACAGGCACGACCACUCCCGCAAACGCAAGACUGUCUCGCACACUUUCAGUGCCAAAUCCAUCGGCCAGUUUGAACAGUACAUCCACGCCAACAUUGAACUGUUUGUGACGCAAUUGAAUACUAUCUGCCAGAACCAGACCCAUCCUCGUACCGGAUAUGCCUCGAUCGAUGCAUUGAACUGGUUCAAUUACCUGGCGUUCGACAUCAUUGGCGAUCUCGCCUUUGGUGCCCCGUUUGGCAUGUUGGCCAAGGGAAAGGAUGUUGCCGAAGUGCGCAUGGCCCCUGAUGCUCCCCCGACGUAUGCCCCUGCCGUUGAGGUGCUCAACCGUCGUGGCGAGGUGUCAGCUACAUUGGGUUGCUUGCUUGCAUUGAAGCCGUAUGCGUCGUAUCUGCCAGACUCGUUCUUCAGCAAGGGUCUCCAAGCGGUCCAAAACCUGGCCGGAAUUGCCAUUGCCCGUGUCAACGAGCGUCUAAAGCCCGAGGCCGUCGAGAAAAACACUCGAGUUGAUCUGCUCGCUCGGCUGAUGGAGGGCAAGGACGAGACCGGUGCCCUCAUGGGACGUGAAGAGCUCACUGCCGAAGCACUCACUCAGCUCAUCGCUGGCAGCGAUACCACGUCCAACACGUCUUGUGCCAUGCUCUACUGGGUUUUGCGCACCCCGGGUGUUGUUCAGAAGUUGCAAGAGGCAAUCGACGAGGCUGUUCCUCCCGGCGUUGAUGUACCGAGCUAUGCCAUGCUGAAGGAUAUUCCUUACAUCCAAUAUGUCCUCCAGGAGACAAUGCGUAUUCACAGCACCUCUUCCCUUGGCCUUCCCCGCCAGAUCCCUGCCAACAGCCCCCCCAUCGAAAUCAGCGGACACACAUUCCACCCCGGCGACAUUCUCUCCGUUCCCGCGUACACUAUCCACCACUCGACCGAGAUCUGGGGUCGUGACGCUGAAGCUUUUGUUCCAGAGCGCUGGGCUCCCGAACGACUAACCGCACGUCAAAAGGCGGCUUUCAUCCCUUUCUCCACAGGUCCUCGUGCUUGCGUGGGACGGAACGUGGCAGAGAUGGAGCUGACUAACAUUGUCGGCGCGGUGUUUAGGAAUUUCGAGUUUGUGAUUGAGCAGCAGCAUCCGAUGGAGACGAGGGAGGGCUUUUUGCGGAAGCCAUUAGGGUUGGAUGUUGGAAUUAAGCGGAGGGUGCAUGCCUGA